AAGUGCAUUUAGUGAUCGUGGAUACCUCUUCAACACGUUUGCUUUAACAAGUCCUCUCAGAACUGAUCGUCAUUGGGACAACAGUGGUAUGUGUGAUUGACACACAGUAGGUGUGCAAAUCAGCUGGUAGAUGGUAGAAAGGGAGUAUGUGUAGGCAGGUUUUCUGUGCUACAUGGGAUUUUACCUGUGACAUACCUCUGGUUCAUAAAUGGUCUAGUUGGUGAUACACAAUCCCUGUUGUGUUGACAACUUCGGAGACAUUUAUUAUCUACACCAUAACAUGAACUGUGUUAACAACACUAAACCGAAAUGUCAACAGCAUAGGUAGAGCAGUGGUCUGGACAUAGGUGAUCUUAACUCUACCUACCAUGGCACUCUUCCCUGCAACGGUUAAAAACUAGGGUGUAAACUACAUGUAGGUCUGAGAUAGCUGUGGGACAAUGUCAGUAUGGCUUUGAGUAGGGACUUAAAGCUUAUGCUCUCACUGACACCAGCGUCCAGUGAGGAAGCUGUGUGUAAAAGUAAAACCAAAGGUAUGUUCCAGAGACUACGCCAAUCUUUCCGCACAAAUGACAGUAUCAAGGGUAAAGAAUUGCUUAGGUCAAAGACAUUGCCAGUGAUAUCACUACCAAUAAUGUGUAAUGGGGAGAUAAUCCAUCACCCUGCGCAGCCUGUCCAGCUCUCGCCAACCUUCAGGAAGAGCUCUACAGCCUCCUCUGACAAGUCCCCCAGAAGCAGCCCAUCUCUGUCAGACUCCUCCUCAACAGAUAUGAAACAGAAGAAAUGUCACAGAAGUUAUAGUUUGGACAGACGGCGCCAGAGGAAUUUGCAGAAGAGCAGUCGCUACCGUGACAAAUGUCCAGCCUGGAGAUUUGAUGAUGACAAUGACUCUACUACAUCUUCGGAAACAAUGCCCCCUGGUGGAGAAGACACACAGCUGACAAAGCAUACUGCACAGCUAUUUUACACCACUCCGCCCAGAGCCAAUAUGGUUCAUCAUAAAGAUCAUGAAAAAAGGCUGGAGAGCACUGGUAGCAUCUCAAAACUCGCUCGCAGACUCAGCCAAAAGGACAGAAAAGAGCGCCAUAAAGCGUCGUCACCAAGACAACGGUCCGUUAGCCUAGACUGUGGUGAUGGUCGGCGUGUGAAGAUUUUGUCCACCUCCCCGUCGGCUGAGUCAAGUCAGGGGCCCUCCACAGAGAACAUGACUCUGCCUCCUUCCACAAGUGCUCCACUCUUCAAGGACAUCAACAGCCUGUCCCCAAGUCCCAAAAUGAGCAAACACUUCAAUAGUCCCAAAAGGAAAGGCAGUGCAGAGCUGGAUAGUGGAGGUGCUUCUCCAAACAAAACUGACAAGAGGAGAAAUGACAAAGAUAAAAAAGCUUCAUUUGAUUUAAAUGGUCUGUUUGAGGCAGUGGAACAUCAGGAUAUGGACCAGGUAAAACUCAUCCUUGACUCUAACGGACUGGAUGUAAACAGUACAAAUGAAGAGAAUCUUACCCCACUGGAUGUAGCAGUGUUGACAAACAACAUUCCUAUGGCCAAAACUUUACUCUCUUAUGGUGCUAAAGAAAAUCCAACCUUUCUGCGUGAGGAGUUACGAGCUGAUCUCUUGGAAUCUCUUGUCUCGGACGCUGAGCGUCGCGUGGUUGAUCUGACAGCCGCUGUAUUAAGUGGGGGUGGCCACUCUGGUGUUUCUUCAGUGCAACAGCAAAAGGAAAAUGGACGUCAAUUAAGUCAUUGGGAAUUCCGCCACCGACUGCUCAAGCGAAUGAAGGCUGGAUACGAUCAUGCCCGGGCCCCAGAUGCUCCGGCCAGCGUGCUACUCGGGGUGGCCAGUAGUAGUUCUCUGUUGGUUCGCUUUGAUGAGCCAGUCAAUCACAAUGGAGCUGUCGUCACCAGGUAUAAAGUGGAAUGGAGCUGUUUUGAGAACUUUACUCCCUUGGCCGGAGAGACUAUAACAGAUGACAUCCAGCAUCCCGAGUAUGAGAUCAACGAUCUGAUCAAGGGGAACAUGUACUAUGUGAGAGUGGCGGCAGGAAACAUGAAAGGUUAUGGGCCAUAUACAGUGGCCAACCCACCCUAUGCUGUCCCAUCAAGUUGGAGAGACAUGGAGGGUGUAAAGCCUCGAUCAGAAGGAAAACUACAGCUGAUGGAGGAUCUGUUUACACAGGUUAAGCAAGCCCGACCUGCCAAUGCUCCAGAGCUGAAAGAUACCAACGGCUCCGGCAAUGAUUCGCCAGUACAGAGAAAGCGCAAAAGCAUCAAGAACCUGUUUGCCUCGGCUCCAAAGUUUCAGAAAUCUUUACGAAGAGGAGUUUAUUUGGCGUGUUUAUUAUACAACGAAGAUCGUGUGUUAGUGACAUCUGAGGAGCAGAUCCCAAUUGUGGAAGUAGAUGAAAACUUUACAUCGCCCUCUAUUCAUGCAGAUUUUCAUUGGAUGAUGAAGAUUGCCUGCACCUGGGAUGAUGUGAAGUCAUUACGACAAGAUAUGGAGAGGAGUAGUUCUGGAACUGCACACUUCAGGAGUAAACUUCUACAAGCAGCCACUGUACUACAGAAUGCCUUAGGGGUGCAUGACUUGGGUCAGUUGUACCAUCAGCAUCUCAAAGAUGACAGUGGCUGCAUCCUGCUGACGACAGUCAACUAUGUUCGUGAUCCUAAACAUGUAGCUUUGAUCUCGGGCAAGUGGAUUCCCAUUUCUAAACUUCAGCGUAGACUUUCCUUGUCUGGAUCAGAGACGUCUGAUGCCUCAGAGAUGCUUCUGAAUUCUUUAUCGGAGAUGAUCCUCUAUCACCAAGUGAGCAUGAUACCCCUCCCCAGGGGCCUCUACCUGGGCUAUUUAAAGUUACGCUGCACCAUGGACCUGAUAUUGAGAGUACAGGUCCAUCAGAAAACUCCCAAUGUGCUUCCUUAUACCAAAAUCAGGGAGUGUCCAAAUGUGUCAAAAGAGGAGUGGGAGUGGGUGAGAAAGCUGAGUGACCAGGAUGAAAACUUUGAGCCAUCAGAAGCACAGCUGGAGUUCCAAAAAGAUCUCAUUAAGAGCUCGCAAAGAUUGUUAGAUGUUUUAGGUGUUCCGGCUGACCAGGUAUCAGGACACAGAAUGUAUGAUAUAGAAGUUAUAGAACUUAGUCCCGAAGUUUCCUUUCUCCUCAUCCUUCCUCCAACUGAAGACGUGUGCAGUGUCCCAGGCCAGGUGGAUGACUUCAGUGAAAAAACAGAAUUUACAGCCUUAACUGUUCCUGUAUUUGAAAUGAUCCACAUGUGUUCAUACCAGCCAGAGUUCAUCAGUCGAUACUCGAGGCUUUCUUCUAUAAUAGAAACAGAUCUAUAUUUGGCCCAACAGGAGCAAAGAGGGGCCUUUUCCAAUGAAGAGCUUAACCUAGCCAAAGAACGGGUUGAUCUGCUGGACAGCUUACAACAAAACCUAGAGAAGGCGUGGAAAGCCAUGCGGUGGAUUAUGGACUUAAUAUCUUUCGCUCGAGACAAAAAUGUUCGUGGUGGGAUUCCACUGAGUGUACUUAAGACUCUACCAUCGCCUAAGCAAUCCCCACAGCAGGCAGGAACAGACUUAGAAAAUGAAAAUAAUAAUUCUGAAAGCGUUUGUGAUGCAAUGACCUGUGAAUCUAACCAAAUUCGUGUUGGGAAGGAUAACCAGAAAAUAGCUAAAUUCUAUGAUCCAAAUGAAGAGUUGUUGUCUGGACCGACACACUCUCACAGUGAUAGAUUUCACACCAGGGAACUUAACCCUUUGACUGCAGCCACCUCGCAGAGGACUUCAAAGUCUGGUAUUUUACGAGUCUAUGCUGCGUAUGAGACUGGGCUGGCAAAGGGCACCAGUGUUAAGUUACACGUCACACCAAAGACUACAGCAAGGGAGGUAAUCAACCUGGUUGUUCAACAGCUGAACAAGGCUGUGUGCAUGAAGGGCCGCAGUGGCCCGAUCUACCCAGAGGAACAGCUGAAUGAAUUCUGUCUGGUGGCAGUGAUCGGGGCCAGAGAGAGGGUGCUUAGAGACGACUAUCAACCUCUACAGUUACAAAACCCCUGGACAAAAGGACGAUUGUAUGUGCGCAUGAAAAGUAAUCUGUUAGCAGCUAUACAACAAGGUCAGGCCACAGCUGUAUAGUACUGACUGAUACGUAGCUAAUGGUCAGAGUGUGAACUGAGGUUAAAGGUCAGCCUCUGUUGUUUGUGCUAAGUAGCCUCUAGAAUACGGGUCAUUUGUCUGCUGCUCUCCCUGCUUGGAGCACAGUCGUUUUACACAGGUUGCUGACAGGUCUGUUACAUCCCUUGAUCAAGGUGUGGUUCUAGGUUUGGUGUGUGUGGUUUGAGUCUGGUACUUAAACCAAGCCCCAAGAUUCCAUAGACAUAUUCAGACUUGUUGAGCUGUCAACAAUUUAAUCAGAUUGCCAGAUUUUAUUUAUUUGAAAUAUCUUGAUGUUUGUAAAUAGGAACAGAAAACCUAUGUAGAUGAAUAGGUUUUGGGCUGUGAACAACCAUUUCCUGUUAGCAUUUUGUACACUAGUCAGGUGGUUCUUUGAGACAUGAUUGGUGUGAUUCCUGACUUGUUUUACACCAUGGCUGUUAAGAGUAGCUACAUUUGAACAUUGCUCCCAUCAGUGUGAAUCUAAAUGGUUAUCGUGUUGGUUAGUAUUGAUGCUUUAUCAACAAUCCAACAAUGUCUCAAUAAUAGUGAUCAUUGUUUUGAAUCCCACUGCGGCCUCCACAAACAAAUAAUACAGCUGCCAAAACUGUUUGGAUCAUCACUAAGGUAUUCUCAGAUGCCGUUUCAGUUGAACCAAAAAGCCUUGUCCAAUCAGUAUUAGUACCUCUUUUCCAUUGUUGUAUGUUAUAACAUGAAAAUCAGAUUUUCCAAAUACCACAAUCGAAAUUAUGUUUAUAGAAGUAACCCUUAUAAAAUCAGAUUUUAUUUCCUUUUAUUUUUUGUUACACAGACAAAUUGACAACAUCAGUUUGUUGCUGGAGAAAAAUUGAUGACCAUUCUGUAUUAGGUGUUGUCCAGAAAACCAAAUACUUAACCUUGAAAACCUUCAUUGCACAUGAAAUAAACAUGUAUGUGCCUAUUUGUGCACAUCUAGAUUUCCAAAAACUAACUGACAUGAAUUAAUCACCAUGACGUGCUAGAUUCAAGGGAUUAUUUUAGGUAACUUUUACAUGUCAGAGUUGACAGUCAGUGGUUGGGUUUUUUGUACAGUUUUCUUGAUUGUCAAGAAAGAGAAUAAGAAUACAUAUUGGUGAAGCAACAAAAUUUUCCAGAUGACAUGAAAAAUAGUAAUCAACUCUCAGAGACAGUCAGAUGUUGCUUGUUUAGACGUAAACCAGCUCACUGCCAAAAUUCUUUCCUUUGGUUUUUGAUUAGUCAGGGUUUUAUUCUUUUCUUUAAACUUUGGUAGUUUUUUUUUCCAGCGCUAUUAGUAAUCAUUCCAUACCAUAUAUAUUGUUAUCUGGCUGGCCCAAGUUGAUCUCUUUACCUCUUUUAGCACAACCACUGGUGCAGGGUUAUCCUCGGUUACCUCCCUUCUGCACACAUCUAUUGUGUUAAACACUUUUCAUUUUCAAAAGUCUAAACCCAUGGGGCCAUUCAGUGAGCCGUUAAUACUGCAUCAACAGAUGACACUGUUAAAGUUAUUAGAUGGUCUCAGUGGUACAAAUAGUAAUUUAUUGGAUAGCAUCUGUUCAUUCUGGAGAAUCUGGUCAUGAAUAAACUUUUUUGUUAACUUAA